AUGCAAUUAGCCGGUGGAGUGGCGACAGUUACUGAAAACCAGCAGUCAGCUGUAGUAGGAGAACUCGUCACAACCGACGACGACCGACAUGAGAAGUUUACUUACUCUCUUGUGAGUGAUGGAGGUGGACCGUUUGAUGUAGUGGGGAAAGAAGUUCGACUGAAGAGCGGAACAAGCGUCGACUACGAGAAGAACAAACAAUUCAGCAUCCGCAUUAAAGUGACCGACGGAGGAUCACCCGCAAUGUCUUUGACGAAAACGUUUAUAGUAAAAGUUAUUGACGUCAAUGAAGCUCCCACCAAUGUCUAUUUGUCUAAAUACGAGAUCAAUGAAAAUAGUGAUGCGGGUACAGAAAUAGGAACUAUUAGUACGAAAGACCCGGACAAUGACGAUACAAUUACUCAGACUCAUAUUUAUAGAUUAGUUGACGACGCCGGAGGAAGAUUCGCAAUCGUCAAUGGUGCUCUUAAGGUGAAACCUUCAAACAAGCAAUGUUUGAAUUCUGGUGGAGAUUUCUGUUUGCUGAAUUACGAAAAGUCGACAAGUCAUCGCAUUGUAAUCGAAGUUACUGACAGUGGCAAACCGUCAAUCAAGAAAGAGUUUGUAGUAACAAUUAAAGUUUUGGAUGUCAACGAUAGUCCUCGAUCAUUAACAGUCAGCAAUCUGUUGAUUAACGAAAAUCUUCGUAAAGGAACUCUAAUAGGAAGCUUGUCAGCUGAUGAUGAAGAUUCUAGUUCCUCUCUAUCAUAUCACAUUAUUUCGAGCGACGGUGGAAACUUUAACUUGAGUGGUAACCAACUGUUUACUGGACAGCUCGAGAACUAUGAAGUUCGAUCGUCAUACCAACUCAAACUGCAAGUCAGAGACAACGGAUCUCCACAACUUUCUAUAAAUCAAUUGUUUACUGUGACCGUUAUUGAUGUCAACGAACGACCAACUUCGGUUUCUGUCCUCCCAACAGACGGACAAUUAAACUUCACGGUCAACUUUCCCAAAAUUCGAGAGCACACAUUAGCUGGUACUGCUAUCGGUACAGUGGAAGUAGUGGACGUGGAUAAAGGAGAAAUGAUGACGAUCACUUUGGACGACGAUGACGGAGGGAAUUUUCGAAUAGCAACGGGAAAUGACGUUCGUUGUGCUUCUGCAACAUUACAAGGUUUCAAUUCCGUUUGCCGAGCAAAACUUUUUGUUGGCAAGACGUUAGAUUACGAAGUCAAUGUACAACACACGAUCAUCAUUCGGGCUACCGACAAAAGUGGACACGGUCUCUCUCGAGUAGUCAAGUUGACUGUCUUUGUAGUAGACGUCAAUGAUCCUCCAACUGACGUGGAUGUGGCUAGUGGCAAUCCUCGUGUGCACGAAAAUGUAAACGGUGCUGUCGUUGGAGAAGUGUCGGUCACAGAUCAAGACACGUGGCAGUCGCACUCGUGUCAACUCACUGGCAGCGCCGGUGGCCGUUUUGUGAUGGUCGGUCGCGAAGUACGAGUGAGUUCGAAUGCAAACUUGGACUACGAGUCGCAGCAGCAACAUACUAUAACCGUCCAAUGUACUGACGACGGAACUCCUCCUCUUAGUGUAACAAAAAGCUUCACGGUCAAAGUUCUCGAUGUUAACGAGAAACCACAGGCAAUUCACAUCAGUCACGACACGAUACCGGAAAAUGCAAAGUUCAUGCACGCUGUGGGUCGACUGUCAGCAUCGGAUCCCGACAAUUCACACUCUAUUAGACAAACGUUUACCUGGAAACUCGUAGAUAGUGCCGAUCGUCGCUUCAGAAUGGAUGGAGAUAUUCUCAAGGUUGCAGUAUACAAUAGCAAGUGUCUAGCUCUAGGUGGCAAGUGGUGUAUGUUGAACAUGGAGGAAAAGAAUAAAUACGACGUUGUAGUGAGAGUGACAGACAGCGGGUCGCCUCCGCUCGUUAGAGAUGAGAUCAUCACAAUCCACUUGACAGACGUCAACGACAGACCGAGGAAUCUCGAUUUAUCGAGUAACACCGUUUACGAAAACGAUCCCAAAGAUACUUUAGUGGGACUUCUCUCCGCUAGAAAUGAAGACAAAGGACAGACUUUGGAGUACGUCUUGGUCGAUGACGAUGACGGCAAGUUUAAAAUCGUCGCUAACGAGUUACGGAAAGCGUUGCCUGCAGACUACGAGACGUCGACGAGUCAUUCGAUAUUGGUGACCGUAAGAGACGACGGAAUACCUUCACUUAACAUAUCGAGACGUUUUGUCAUUGAAGUGAGAGACGUCAAUGAACCUCCAUUCAACCUUUCCAUCGUGCAAGGUGACGAGGGAGACUCGAGAUAG